AUGCACGGCAGCCCGUCUGCCUCGACCACCCGUGGGACUCCCUCUCGCAGGGGGAAAUCCCCGCGAUUUUCAUCCGACAGCCUGUCACAGCCUGGUUCGAGCACAGGCAAUACAGGUAUCACCAACAAACCCCCAACCACCUUCAUUUCUUCCCUGGACAUCCCUGUAGAGGGCGCAAUCCCAAUUGAGACCGAUUCGGACGACAAAUCCACCACUGACAAACCAUCAACCGCCGCGGCCAACGACUCGAAACGAGCGCCUCGAAAAUCGAAAACAGAAGCCAUCGCUGCUCUCAAUUCCCAAGCGAGAUCAAGUGCUGAAGAGAACGAGGAAACAGAGCAGCUCGAAGACCUCGCGGACCGCUAUCGCAAUAUGCCACCCAUUCAAGUUUCCCCACAUUUGGACCUAUCAACUGUCAAAACCCCCAGUUCCUCGAGGCGGGCAAAGCCAGCGACAGACGCCCACCGACCGUUUGGGCUCCAGAACUGUCCAGAAUUUCAUCCUACCACCGAGGAAUUCAAGGAUCCGAUGGCGUACAUUCGGUCCAUCUCUGACCGUGCAAAGGACUAUGGCAUCUGCAAGAUCAUUCCUCCAGAGGGGUGGAGGAUGCCUUUCGUUACGGAUACGAAGACAUUCCGCUUCAAGACUCGGCUCCAAAGGCUGAAUUCGAUCGAAGCGUCCUCCCGGGCGAAGCUGAACUUCUUGGAACAGCUCUACCGCUUUCACAAGCAACAAGGAAACCCUCGUGUAGUCGUUCCAACGAUCAACCACAAACCUUUGGAUCUAUGGCUGCUGCGGAAGGAGGUGCACAAGAUGGGUGGCUACGAAGCUGUAACGAAGGGGAAGAAAUGGUCGGAUUUGGGGCGAACAUUAGGGUAUCGUGGGAUCCCUGGUUUGUCGACUCAACUGAAGAAUUCGUAUACUCGGGUCAUCCUUCCAUUCGAACACUACACUGAAAGGGCGAGAAACUCACCCACGAUGGCGUCGAAUGCCAAUCGCGAGCCGCCGCUCAGAAUUCAUCUCAAUCUGGCUUCCAUAGCGAAAGCUGUUAAAGGACCGUCACCACCCUCUACCGAGGGGACCAGUCCUCCCGGGAGUCCUUUGACAGCCACCUCGAGUCCACUUUCGGAACCCCCGGAGGAAUCAGGGGACAAGGACAAAGGCGGGGCGUCUCGUCCACGUCGCAGUACCCGAAUGAGCUCCGUCGAGCAAUCCCCGAGGAAAGCGGUUCCCGCUGUCCCUCCACCCGUGUUCUACGACAAACAGGGACCGCGAGACGCAUCUGGGGAGUUUCUAACUCUGAACUCUCACAGCAUUGCGAGAUCUGCCAUAAACGUAAUCGUGGGGAAGAAAUGCUCUUAUGCGACGGCUGCGAUUGCGGUGGGUAUCUUGGUUAUUGAGCGUUGGUUCCACAUCUUCUGUCUUGACCCGCCGCUGACCUUCAUCCCGAAGGAACAGUGGUUUUGCUUUACUUGCCUUUCGGGUACUGGAGGUGAUUUCGGCUUCGAUGAGGGCGCAGAGCACAGCCUUUCUACCUUCCAAGCACGCGACUUAGAGUUCAGGAAGUUGUGGUUCGAGACCCACCCGCCUCCAGGCUCUACAAACAGGAUGGUAGACGAUGAAGAUCCGACAAUCAGCCACUUUGGUAAUGUGGCUGUUUCGGAAUACGACGUCGAAGAAGAGUUUUGGCGGCUUGUGGCUUCUCCUCAUGAAACUGUUGAGAUCGAGUAUGGGGCAGAUGUCCACUCGACCACCCACGGGAGUGACAGUGCGAUGCCCACCAUGGAGACACACCCUUUGGAUCCCGCUUCGAAGGACCCCUGGAAUCUUAACAACAUUCCCAUCCUCCCUGAUUCCCUCCUCCGGUUCAUCAAAUCGGAUAUAUCUGGUAUGACAGUGCCCUGGACAUAUGUCGGCAUGGCCUUUUCGACCUUCUGCUGGCAUAACGAAGAUCAUUACACAUACAGCAUCAACUAUAUGCACUGGGGUGAGACGAAGACGUGGUACGGUAUCCCGGGAGAUGACGCGGAGAAGUUCGAAGCUGCAAUCAUGAGCGAGGCUCCCGACCUCUUUGAGAACCAGCCCGAUCUACUUUUCCAACUGGUUACCCUGAUGAACCCUCAGCGGUUGACGGAGGCUGGUGUUCGCGUUUUCGCGUGUAACCAGCGUGCCGGAGAGUUCGUGAUCACUUUCCCCAAGGCCUAUCACGCAGGGUUUAACCAUGGACUCAACUUCAAUGAAGCCGUCAACUUCGCCUUGCCUGAUUGGCUUCCCCUGGGCCGGGAUUGCGUCCAGCGUUACCGCGAACACCGCAAGCUUCCCGUUUUCUCUCACGACGAACUUCUCAUUACCAUCACCCAACAAUCUCAGUCAAUCAAGACAGCGAUCUGGCUCGUCGAUUGUCUUCGAGAAAUGACCGAGCGAGAAUUCGAGGACCGAAAGAAGGUUCGAGCGCUCGGACUGGCAGAAAUUUUAAAAGAAGAGGACCACCCCGAGGAACAAUAUCAAUGCCAUGUCUGCAAAGCCUUCUGCUACCUUUCACAGGUUGUCUGCCAGUGCACCACCCGCGUUGUCUGUGCUGACCACGUCGAGCUCCUCUGCGAAGCUAAAUCCCCACACAACAUGACAUUGCGGAAGCGGUUUUCAGACGAAGAGUUGACCGAAACGCUUGCUAGGGUCUCGGAACGGGCAUCCCAACCCACCGCUUGGCGGUCGAAAUUGGCCAGACUCCUCACUGAAAAUGCUCGACCGCCUCUUCGUUCCCUUCGGGCUCUGCUGGCAGAAGGAGAUCGUAUCAACUAUCCCCUACCAGAAAUGCCCAAUCUCAGGAAGUGCGUCACUCGUGCGAACGAGUGGGUCGACUUCGCAAACUCCUUCAUCAUUCGGAAGCAAAGCCGGAAACGCUCACGCCGUGGUCGAGGAAGGCCGUCCACCGCUGAUUUAGGCCCAUUCAAUCCAGAAGAUCCCAACGACCGUCCUGACAGAGGGUUGGACGAGCUGUACGCACACCUCCGAGAGGUGGAAAACCUGGGUUUCGACUGUCCCGAGAUCAAUACCCUCAAGACUCUUGCCCAACAAGCUGAGGACACUAAGGCCAAAGCCAUCGCCCUCCUGAAAGCUUCCCCAGCUGAGCAGGAGCGUUCCGAGUUCCUUCAAGAAUGCAAGCGCCUGUUGCUCGAAGGUUCCUCACUUAACGUCCUUCUCGAUGAGCUGAACGAAGUCGAGAAGAUUGUUGACCGCGAACAACUCGUCAACGAACUUGACGAGAAGCUCGAGGAAGGAGACGAGAACUCCUUCACUCUUGAGGAAGUCCGUCAGCUUCUCACUCGGGCUCGCUCGUGUGGCCUGCCUUCGGACAACAAGCACAUGCAGUUCCUGGAGGCUCGACUUCGCGAAGGAAACACCUGGGAAGAGCGCGCCAGGGCUGUCUUGGAGCAGCCCAUCAAGACGAUCGCCGAACUGGAGGAAUUUGCCGACAUGGAUUCCAACAUUCCUAUCGAUCCCACUAUUAUUGAUCGACUGAUGGCAGCUCGGGCGAAGGCACUCGACUUCAAGAAACAGGCGAAGGCAUGGCUCGCCUGCGCAGAUGCCGACGGUCCCAAGUCACGUAUUUCUGAAGCUCUUCGGUUAGCCGCUCGCUCGGAGAAAGACUUCAGUAUUCCCGAGGUUACCGAAUUGAAGAAGGCCGCCGAGUGGGCCCUCGACCUCGAGAGCAAGUCCGAGAGUGUCCUUCGCAAUCGGUAUCAACUCGACAUGGACGAGGACUUGUUCGCCACCAUUAAGAAGUGGCAAUCACACGCCGUCAAUCACCUCAGGAUGUACUCCCUUCCCACUUUCGAGAAACUGACUGAGCAAGUUCGACUCCACGAGUUGUGGUUGCGCGACCUUCCCUGGUUCUGUCCUGACCACAACACAACCCAUAGCGAGGAGCUUCUCGCUGAUGUCCUGGACUGCACACGACCCGAGGAUGACGCUCCGCCCACCGACGAAUAUUACACUUGCAUCUGCAAUCAUCCUGUCCGACCUCCUCCUCCCGGCGUUGUCUCGGAUGCUGUCCAGUGUGACCACUGCUUUGCCAGAUUCCAUGGUGAAUGUGCGAAGAACGGUGGAUCAUGCCCAUUCUGCGAUCACCAUCAUUGGAACGGAACCAUUCACAAGCAACGCAGUUGGCACUUCUGCUACUUGCCCAUGCUGGCGAGGAAAGCUCCGGAGAUCUCUAAGCACUAUUCUCGAGAUUUCCGUGAAUUGGAACUCAUUGUCCACCGCGUGGACCGAUUGUCCGCGUCCAUUGGGCAGUUCUUGUCCUAUACCUCUCAGCCUGCUCACCAACGACCAGAGUUUAUCCCUCAAGUUCGACACUACAUGCGCAAGCUCUUCCGCAUCCAGUUUGCAGUGUCCCCUAAUCCUGACAUCUCCUAUGGUUUGGAUCUUGCUGGGCUCCAUCGAAUUUUGGCCACAAGGCCUGCCGUCGCGCGACCAAAGAAGCGUCGCCGUCCCCGGUUCACCUUUGGUCAAGACGUCGACAAAAAUUGGUCGGAUGGCACGCGGUGUAUUUGUCGAGGUGUCACUGGGUAUCUCUUGAACAAACCCAAGGUCGAGUGCCUGCAGUGUCAGAGGCUGUACCAUGUUGGUUGCGUCUUCUUCCCAGUGGACGACCAUCCUCCAACCAUGCAACCAGUCUUCCAAUGCCCCAUAUGCUGCCUGCGAAGGGGCAAACGGUACGAAUACUCCGAUGUCCGGGUCAGGCCGUCAGUUCAUAUGGGUAGGGUGGAAGAUGAUCUCUAUGUCAACACGGAAGAAAUGUUGGAGACUUUCAGCCGGGAGCUCAUCUUCAAGAAGCUUUCUCAACCUGUUGGACGAACUCUCUUUGUAGAGUUGGUCAACUAUCAACCAGGGUCGGAUACUCUGGCUCCACCACCAGGUCCAGUCGCCUCUGGCUCGAGGACUUCGAUUAUGCAGCAGCACAACAUGGCACCGCCUCUCCCUCCUCCUCCACCCCCUCCUCCACCGCAUCAUACUACCACGGGGCAUCAUGAACAAAUUUUACACCUGUCGACAGUCACUCCGACUAUGUAUGCGCCGUCACCUCUGCAGCCUCCUCCCCCUCCACCAAACCAGAUUACACCACCUCCUUGGUCUCGAUGGGGAACCAUGACCACUCCCUCGAUGCCUCCGCAAACCCAAAGAAGAGCGAAUAACGGAGAUCGUUCUCGGGGAGGAACUCCUCAGCCAUCUAGCUCGAGGAAGCGCAAGCACGUCGAUGGCGAUGAUAAUACAAGAUCGAGAUCUUCGUCGUCUGCAUCCGGUGCAAACAAGCGACGUGCUACCCAGGGCUCAAGCCCUUCGGGAGCCAAUGGUACGAUGGCUGCAGUCCCUCCGACGGGACCCAUCCCAAUUGCAGCUUCUGGGCCAGCACCUGCGGUCGUUGCCACUGGUCCUUCUCAAGCUGCACCGCCUCCCCUAGCUGCUGAAGACCCUGUACCCUAUCCCCCUCCGAGUUCCUCGAGCUCGUCGAUGCCGCCGCCACCGUCAGUCACUAAGCCUUCACCAUCAGCUGGACCCAGUCGGCUCCCAUGGAACCCUUUGUCGAAUGGUAGUUCCCCGCCUCUGCAAUCCUCACCUCCAGUGAAGAUUGCGACGCCGCCUGGCACAGCUGGACCCAGUCGGGUAUGGAAUCCCAUGCUGGCAAACGGUGGUUCUCCAUCUGUAGCAGCUUCGAACCCACCUGGCAAGUUGCCGUCUCAGUCGCCUUCGACAUCCACGCUUGCACUCCCGAAAUCGCCUGUCUCCCCACCCAAUCGACCAGCCCAGACGCUAUCCCCUUCUCUCGCCAUGAUCGUAUCUCCCACUAACGAAGCACCUCAGCCGCAGACAUCACCGCGAGUGGCGUACAUCCCACCGGCAGUGAGGAACGGAAUGACGAAUGGUUCUCCUACCCUUCCCCCGGUGAACACUCUCGUUUCCGGUGACGCUGCUUCUCGAUAA